AUGAAGGGGACGAGCUUGUGGGGGGGGGCAUCGUCCCGCCGUGUUGGCGAGGGAAAGCUCCGGAUCCACUUGAAGCGCUCGUGCACGGACAAGAAGCUGGUGCAGGGGCACACUCCUGCGCUUGGCCUGACAACGGAUGAUUGGCACAAGUUCAAGAAACUUUUGGCCUCUAAGACGUUCGCCGUGCACGACACAAAGCGUAUCAGGGGCGAGGAUCUCACGGCCGAGUGGGCGGCGGAGAGCGGCUUCCGAGAGCCCGUCAUCGCACCCGAUAAGGGCGGUAUGGGCCUUAAGGUUCCAGAUUCGUCCUUCACCGUCGCCGACGUCGCUCGCGUUGUCGGCGAGGACAAGGCCAUCCGACCCAUACACGUGGGGGAACAGGCUAUCAUCGAUCAGAGCAUGACGCUGGCAGAGUUUGCGGAGUACUUCGAGACGUGCACCAAGCCUGGACAAGCGAUCCUCAACAUGAUAUCCUUAGAGUUCAGUGACACGCCGUUGGCGAAGAUGGUUCAGUCGCCGCAGCUGGUGCGAGACAUGGAUUGGCUUAACCGGUGCUGGCCGGCUGACCGUUUGCAGGAAGGACAGUUCCCUAAGGUUCAGUACUACUGCCUCAUGAGCCAGGGCGGCUCGUACACCGACUUCCACGUCGACUUUGGCGGCACGAGUGUGUGGUACCACAUCCUAAGAGGCAAAAAGGAGUUCCUGCUAAUCCGUCCCACCAAGAAGAACCUGGAACUGUACGAGAGCUGGAUUAGGAGUCCGACGCAGAGUCAGGUCUUCUUCGGCGACCUCGCCGACACCUGCUACAGGGUAGUGCUCAACGCGGGGGAGACUCUAAUGAUCCCGUCGGGCUGGAUCCACGCCGUCUUCACGCCUAAGCCGUCCCUGGUGUUCGGCGGCAACUUCCUGCACUCGCUCAACAUCCCCAUGCAGCUGCAGGUCCACGGUAUCGAGGCGCGGGCCAAGAUCCACAGCAAGUUCCGCUUCCCUUACUUCAAGGAGAUGAUGCUCUUCGCAGCCUCCAACUUCCUCAACACUCUCCGCGAGCAGCAGGGAGACCUAGACGCAACUGGUGCGAAGGGCGCCAAAGGCGUUGCCAAUGUCCCUCGCAGUGAAGUGUGGGCGACGCCAGAUGAAGACAGUUCCGCGGCAGGGCUGGUACGUGAACAGAUACACGGGGCGGAGGAGACCAGCGGCGCGACAGGGACCGCCGAGCGGAAGAAUGGUUGUGUCGGCAACGGCGCUCAGAACGGGGCCCGAAUUUCGCUGAGUUCGUGGGAGAGGGAAGGAUUGAGACCGCUUGUGGAGGCGUGCCGGGCAUGGAUGAAGGAACAGGAGGAAGAAGAGGGCGGCAGCAGUGAGGAGGAAGGCGUACCGGAAGAGUGGAACCUCGCCGCCGCUUCUGCGGGAUGUUCGGACGUCAACGCCAUGCUCGCGGAACUUGAUCGUCGUGUCUCCGCCCUGGGAGAAGAGACAACCAUCGAUACCAAGGCCACUGCUGACUCUUCCCCUUUGGCUGGAAAGGCAGCGGAGGUCGACAUCCCGCCGGAUGGUAACCCCCGCGCGAUCGGUGGUGCCGACAGCAGCCCCGAGAUCUCAAGCGACGGCUCUGUCGACCGCAGCGGUGCGACAGAUGACGGAGAUCACGUGGACCCUGGUAGCGGGAGCGGAGCGGCAGCGCUUCUACUGGCGGCGGCGGCCACAGAGCCCCCCGAGGCUGACGUGGGCCGGGGGGGCGCGCAGGUGGCGUCAGCGCCGCCCAUCCCCCCGAGCUCGACGGCCACCCCUCCAGAAGGGUCUUGUGGCGGUGAAGGGGAGGGUGAUGGGCCCAGGGUCCGGGUGCCCGGGAGGGGUUACCCAACCCCCGAAGACGCCGCUGCGGCGGCGGCGGCGGCGGCGUCUUCGUAUUCUAUCCCGAAGCUCAAGCUCUCGAUCAAGCCGCAGCAGGACCAGUCGUCAUCUUCCUCUUCGUCUCCGCGGGCCUCGAGCAGCAGCCGCGAUGGUGCGAGUGGGAGCGGCGGCGGCAAGGCCCGGGGGGUGGGGCUUAAGUUGGUCUUGAAAGGUCCCGCGCUUUCUUCCGGAGGGGGCUCCGCGGAUUCAUCAGGGGGCUCCGCCGGUGUCGGGCGAGGUAGGAAAAGGGGGGGUGGGGGCGGGCGGGAGGAGAGACGAUGGAAAGAGGACUCCGAUGGCUCGGACGAGUUCGAGACGAGACACGACAGCGAUGAAGAGGAGGAGGAGGAGGAGGAGGACAGCGGCGAAGAUACACGCGUCGGCAGGGGGGGCAAGCGAAAGGCGAGGCCGCUCGGUAGCAGGCUGAGAGCGAUCGCCAGGCUUGGGGAUGACGCGGCGGCGGGGGACUCGGAGGACGACAACUCGGCGGACGAGUACAAGCCGGACGAUGCUGAUGACGACGUUCUUCCAGAAGAUCAUAAGAUCUACGCCGACGAACUCCCACGAGAAACAAAAAAGGGGAAAUCGUCCUCUGGAGUAGGCGGCGCGCGCCCGCGUAACGCUUGGAGUGGCUUCGGCACCGGUGCCGGAGGCGGGGCGCGAGCGGCAGGGAGUAGUGCGGCCGGGGUGAGAGGGAAGGUGGGCGUGGCGGUGAUCGGCGGCGUGCAGCGAAGGCUGUCGGUGACGAAGCAGGAGGCGCUGAGGAGCAAGGGGAUGUUCAAGAUCGCGCCACCGUCGAAGGUGCCCCCGAAGCCGAAGGAAAAGAAACCGCUCACGGCGAAGCAGAAGCUCCUGGCGAAGAUGCGUCGUUAG